GAAACCAAGAUGCCACAAGGUAGUGGCAUCGCACUCCUCCUGUCCAAAUGAAGCACUUUGGCUAACUUCAACGUAGCUCCUUGGCACCGAGAUGACAGCAAAGCACUGUUUUUUUUUCCAGAUGAAAAUGUGCAACUAACUCCAAGAUGACACGCGAUGGCCCGAUCAUAGAAACAGAAGAAAAUACGAGUGCAACACAAGUUGCUCCACCCUCAAAUCACAUGUAAAUGAGGUUUGAGGACUACGGAAUGACUGCGGAAUGAGCGUCAAGGCUGCGUGCCGGAUGGACGCAGGAGCUGCUUCCAGACUUGCUGGCUGAGCGGCACCAUGGCCGAGUGGGACUAUGACUAUCUCAUCAAGCUGCUGGCACUCGGCGACUCCGGGGUGGGCAAGACCACCUUCCUGUACAGGUAUACGGACAACAAGUUCAACCGCAAGUUCACCACCACAGUGGGCAUCGACUUCCGGGAAAAACGGCUGAUGUACACUGGGACUAAUUCCGAUGGGGCAACAGAGAAGAACUUCAAAGUCCACCUUCAACUCUGGGACACAGCGGGACAAGAGAGGUUUCGCAGCCUCACGACAGCCUUCUUCCGAGAUGCCAUGGGCUUCUUGCUCAUGUUUGACCUGACCAAUCACCAAAGCUUCCUCAAUGUCAGGAACUGGAUGAGCCAACUCCAGGCCAACGCGUACUGCGAGAGUCCCGAUGUGGUCCUGGUGGGCACCAAAGCCGAUCUCCGGAGCAUCAGAGACGUCAACGCCAGGCAGGCUCGAGAUCUGGCCGACAGAUAUGGCAUCCCCUAUUUUGAGACCAGCGCCGUGACGGGCAUGGGCGUGGACAAAGCGAUACAGACCCUGCUGGACAUGGUGAUGAAACGGAUGGAGCAGAGUGCACCUUUGGCCGAGCACAAUGGCGGCGGUAGUGCAGCAGGGGCAAUGCAGGAGGUUGCCCUCUGGAGGAGAUGCGCUUGCUGACAUCAUGCCCGACGUCACGGGACACUUUAUUAGGUACAUGUCAUCCAAUGAGAGAAAGUCCAAGGGCAGGAAUAAGGCUGAUGGAUGGCGCGGGUGUACGUAAUGAAGUUACAGUUUAUUUUUUACCAUAACAUUUCAGUUAAAUAAUAAAAAAAAUAUAUGAACAUGAAUUUGUCAUCACGCAUCUGUUUUCUGUAGUUCUUGUACUCAUUAGGGUGGAAUAUUGAAGCCUAACCCAGUUUUGACAAGUAGGACUAUUACCUUAAUAUCCUACAAGAGCUAUUGCUAGUAUUUUGGCUCUUUUCUUUGAAAAAUGCAUCCUUUUAUUUGUUUGUUUUUUCUUGUGAUAUUUACAUGAAAUGACAAAAUAAAAAGCUGUUGUCCAAUGCUAACUAUUGAGCAUAAUGGUGACAAAAACAACUUAUUGCUUUUAGCUAGCUAACUGUUUGAGUUGUAGCACAAUCUCUGCUCCAUCUACCAUUGUUUGACUAUUAGCUUCUUAGCUACCACAGUUCCUUUCCAUUGUGCCUCAGACUAAUAGGUUUUGGUUAGUUUAAUAUCAAGAG